CCACCACCAUCUCUGCUCUUUGACACCCACCACAGGCGUUAAAUAAUAUUAUUAUCAAUUUAUUCUCGAAUUUCUUGUGCUCUAGGAAUGUCGUCAACACAGCCAACAAGACGGACAAACAGCUCGCCCCUGCGCGGGUUCGACUACGUUCGACUGGGUCUCUUUCUCGUAUUCUUUGUCGGCCAUGCAUUUAUGAUAAACACCUGCCAGCUGCUGGUCUGUCCCUGGCUAAAGAAGCUCGCACCAGUGCUGGACCGCAGGUUCAACCAGCAAGCCGAGCGCUGGUUCUGUACAGUUCUUCUUGCAAGCACUGAACUCUGGGCGCCCACCAAACUUGUGCUCACUGGAGAUAGCGACCUACUGCCCAACGGCAUAACUGCUGGCAGAAGCUGGUUUACGGCCACCGAGGGCUGCAUGCUCAUCAGUAACCACCAGACAUACUUUGACUGGAUCAUUAUCUGGAUCCUCAGCUACAUGGAAAAGUGCGACGGGUUCAUAAAGAUUAUUCUCAAGGGCGAGCUCAAGCAUGUCCCAAUCUUUGGCUGGGGCAUGCAGUUCCUGGACUUUAUCUUUCUCAAGCGCAAGUGGGCAGAGGACCAGCUCACCUUGACCGAGCAUAUGCAGCGCAUUGUCGCCCAUGACGACCCAGCAUGGCUGCUGAUUUUCCCCGAGGGCACUGUUGUGUGCAAGAACCGCAUUGAGAUCUCCAAUGCGUAUGCAAAGAAGAUGGGGCUGCGCAAGCCCGCAAACACAUUGCUGCCACGCGCCCACGGCAGCCAUUUCUGCCUGGAGCAGCUGCGCGGCAACAUUUCGUACGUAUACGAUCUGACCGUCGGCUAUGAGGGACUCAAAAAGGGCGAUAUCCCAGAGGACGAGUACGGGCUGGUCAGCAUGUACGGAAAGGGGGUGUAUCCGCGCGAGGUCCACAUCCACGUUAAGCGGUAUGCAGUUGCCGAUAUCCCCACCGACGACGAGGGGUUCGCAAUGUGGAUGAACCUGGUGUUCGUCGAGAAGGACCUGCGCAUGGACAAGUUUUAUGAGCUCGGACGCUUCCCGCACAAUCACGACGAGGACGACGCCAUACCUGCAGACAAGCCCGUGCUGCAUGACACGAAGGAUGCAAAGGCGCACAAUCUGCUGCUGGAGAUGGCAUUCAUGUGGGUCCAGUUCCUCUCGAUAAUUACACCAUCGUACUUUGUCCUCAGGUAUGCCGCCAGCGCUGCCUCGUCCGUCCUGUUUGCUUAGAAGAUGCAAGCCUCGCGCAGUUAGCUAUCCCUUAUCCCUUUUCAUUUCCAUGAGGGCGUUUAAUACAUGUUUCCUUUUAUACGAAAGACAUUGGA